AUGUUCGUGCGUACAAGGGAACAUGAAAAGGCAAUCAGGGAGGUAAAUUAUAUCCAUUCUUCAAAUCAGGGUGGUCCGGUUCAUUCGGUACUUUGUUCGUAUGGUGAAUUUAGUCGUUCCCAUGUAAGCUGGCAUUCUUAUACCGAACAAAGUAUGGCCACAAUAGUUACAGGAAAUUCUAUGUACUCCAGGCACAGGAAAACCUCUGCAGUGCAAACAAUAAACGAAAUGAAUGGGACAGCCAAAAAGGGGUUCUGCUACACCCAGCAGUGCACAAUGAUUGCUUUAUAUAAAUAAUAAUAAUAAUACCAGCAGUGCACAAUGAUUGCUUUAUAUAAAUAAUAAUAAUAAUAAUAAUAAUAAUGAUGAUGAUAAUACUAGCAGCAGUGCUCACACACAGUGUUAUCUCACACUAGACAUGUCUCAGUGUUUCACAGCACACACUCAGUCCUGUUUACAUUGCUGCUAAUAAUACUAUUAUUUAAGUAACACUGGGCUCUGGGAAUGUGGGGCUCUGGGAAGGAAGUGAUAUAUUGAGGAUUAUCCUCUGUACAGACACCCUCUGUCUAUCCUGACUGUGGGAAUAACACAGCUUGCCCAAAUCAAUCAUGGCCGCCGGCCUGUAUAGCCCGUACUCCCUCUCUAUGGUCUCACACCUGGACUGAGACUGUAUAGCCCAUUCUCCGUCUCUAUGGUAAGGGAUCCUUGCCUGGAUAUCUGCGCAUGCGCAGUCCCCGGGCUGUCUCCCAGAUGUAGAGGCCGAUAGAACACCUGCUGGUCACACGGAGAGAGAUACCCCCCCCCAACCCCCCCCCGUCCCCAGAGCGCUGGGAGGACCCCCAGGUAGAGUGUCAGUGUGCUUCAGUGCUGGAGAGUGUGCCCCCUGGCUGUCAGUGUGCUCGGUGCUGGAGAGUGUGCAUCCUGGCUGUCAGUGUACUCGGUGCUGGGGAGUGUGCACUCAGGCUGUCAGUGUGCUCAGUGCUGGAGAGUGUGCCCCCUGGCUGUCAGUGUACUCGGUGCUGGAGAGUGUGCAUCCUGGCUGUCAGUGUACUCGGUGCUGGGGAGUGUGCACUCAGGCUGUCAGUGUGCUCAGUGCUGGAGAGUGUGCCCCCUGGCUGUCAGUGUGCUCGGUGCUGGAGAGUGUGCCCCCUGGCUGUCAGUGUGCUCGGUGCUGGAGAGUGUGCAUCCUGGCUGUCACUGUACUCGGUGCUGGAGAGUGUGCAUCCUGGCUGUCAGUGUGCUCGGUGCUGGAGAGUGUGCAUCCUGGCUGUCACUGUACUCGGUGCUGGAGAGUGUGCAUCCUGGCUGUCACUGUACUCGGUGCUGGAGAGUGUGCAUCCUGGCUGUCAGUGUACUCGGUGCUGGAGAGUGUGCAUCCUGGCUGUCAGUGUACUCGGUGCUGGAGAGUGUGCAUCCUGGCUGUCAGUGUACUCGGUGCUGGAGAGUGUGCAUCCUGGCUGUCAGUGUACUCGGUGCUGGAGAGUGUGCCCCUGGCUGUCAGUGUACUCGGUGCUGGAGAGUGUGCAUCCUGGCUGUCAGUGUACUCGGUGCUGGAGAGUGUGCAUCCUGGCUGUCAGUGUACUCGGUGCUGGAGAGUGUGCAUCCUGGCUGUCAGUGUACUCGGUGCUGGAGAGUGUGCAUCCUGGCUGUCAGUGUACUCGGUGCUGGAGAGUGUGCAUCCUGGCUGUCAGUGUACUCGGUGCUGGAGAGUGUGCAUCCUGGCUGUCAGUGUACUCGGUGCUGGAGAGUGUGCAUCCUGGCUGUCAGUGUACUCGGUGCUGGAGAGUGUGCAUCCUGGCUGUCAGUGUACUCGGUGCUGGAGAGUGUGCCUCCUGGCUGUCAGUGUACUCGGUGCUGGAGAGUGUGCAUCCUGGCUGUCAGUGUACUCGGUGCUGGAGAGUGUGCAUCCUGGCUGUCAGUGUACUCGGUGCUGGAGAGUGUGCAUCCUGGCUGUCAGUGUACUCGGUGCUGGAGAGUGUGCAUCCUGGCUGUCAGUGUACUCGGUGCUGGAGAGUGUGCAUCCUGGCUGUCAGUGUACUCGGUGCUGGAGAGUGUGCAUCCUGGCUGUCAGUGUACUCGGUGCUGGAGAGUGUGCCCCCUGGCUGUCAGUGUACUCGGUGCUGGAGAGUGUGCAUCCUGGCUGUCAGUGUACUCGGUGCUGGAGAGUGUGCCCCCUGGCUGUCAGUGUGCUCGGUGCUGGAGAGUGUGCAUCUUGGCUGUCAGUGUACUCGGUGCUGGAGAGUGUGCAUCCUGGCUGUCAGUGUACUCGGUGCUGGAGAGUGUGCAUCCUGGCUGUCAGUGUACUCGGUGCUGGAGAGUGUGCCCCCUGGCUGUCAGUGUACUCUGUGCUGGAGAGUGUGCAUCCUGGCUGUCAGUGUACUCGGUGCUGGAGAGUGUGCAUCCUGGCUGUCAGUGUGCUCGGUGCUGGAGAGUGUGCAUCCUGGCUGUCAGUGUACUCGGUGCUGGAGAGUGUGCCCCCUGGCUGUCAGUGUGCUAGAGUGUGCAUCCUGGCUGUCAGUGUACUCGGUGCUGGAGAGUGUGCCCCCUGGCUGUCAGUCUACUCUGUGCUGGAGAGUGUGCAUCCUGGCUGUCACUGUACUCGGUGCUGGAGAGUGUGCAUCCUGGCUGUCAGUGUACUCGGUGCUGGAGAGUGUGCAUCCUGGCUGUACUCGGUGCUGGAGAGUGUGCCCCCUGGCUGUCAGUGUACUCGGUGCUGGAGAGUGUGCAUCCUGGCUGUCAGUGUACUCGGUGCUGGAGAGUGUGCAUCCUGGCUGUCAGUGUACUCGGUGCUGGAGAGUGUGCAUCCUGGCUGUCAGUGUACUCGGUGCUGGAGAGUGUGCAUCCUGGCUGUCAGUGUACUCGGUGCUGGAGAGUGUGCAUCCUGGCUGUCAGUGUACUCGGUGCUGGAGAGUGUGCAUCCUGGCUGUCAGUGUACUCGGUGCUGGAGAGUGUGCAUCCUGGCUGUCAGUGUACUCGGUGCUGGAGAGUGUGCAUCCUGGCUGUCAGUGUACUCGGUGCUGGAGAGUGUGCAUCCUGGCUGUCAGUGUACUCGGUGCUGGAGAGUGUGCAUCCUGGCUGUCAGUGUACUCGGUGCUGGAGAGUGUGCAUCCUGGCUGUCAGUGUACUCGGUGCUGGAGAGUGUGCAUCCUGGCUGUCAGUGUACUCGGUGCUGGAGAGUGUGCAUCCUGGCUGUCAGUGUACUCGGUGCUGGAGAGUGUGCAUCCUGGCUGUCACUGUACUCGGUGCUGGAGAGUGUGCAUCCUGGCUGUCAGUGUACUCGGUGCUGGAGAGUGUGCAUCCUGGCUGUCAGUGUACUCGGUGCUGGAGAGUGUGCAUUCUGGCUGUCAGUGUACUCGGUGCUGGAGAGUGUGCAUUCUGGCUGUCAGUGUACUCGGUGCUGGAGAGUGUGCACCCUGGCUGUCGGUGUACUCCGUGCUGAGUGA